AUGAUUCAAAAAUCUUCAUCCUUACCCAAUUUACAAGAUACUGGAACAAAUGUAAAUACUACUAUGUUUGGAAAUCGACGAAUUUCAAUAUGUGAUUUGAAUAAUAUCAAUGAUGAAAUCAAUCAUCAACAUCAUAAUCAACAUCAUCAUAGCCAACCUAACAACCAAUAUGAUAGUUUAAUGUAUCUGAAUUUAUCAACUACUGAUACUCCUAAUACUCCCAGAAAUUUAAUUCAUCGUUCAAAAACAGUUCAUGAAUUGCCAACUAAUAAAGAACAACAACAAGAAGAUGCAUUACCACCGAUUUAUUUUAAUGAACAAUUUAGUCAUUUUCAUUUUAGGAAUCAUAAACGAAGAAAUUCAGUCGCUUUAAAAUUUGAAGAGCCAAAGAUUUUAUAA